AGUAAAAGUUCGGGUCUUUGUAGACUUGGCUUCGGCUUUUAGGAUCCUUCCUCUAUUGCCUUCUUCUGCUUCUGCUUGCAUCAACAAACAAACCCCUCUCUCUUUCAACCCAAAAAACCCCUCUUUCUUCUUCGUCAACGUCUGCGUUCUCCCUCAAUUCUGCUCGAUUCUUCAAAUAUUUGUCUCUGCAAUCCGUCACUCUCUCAUGGCCACCACUGGGAACAAGAACAUCAAUGCCAAAUUGGUGCUUCUUGGGGAUGUUGGAGCUGGGAAGUCUAGUCUGGUGUUGCGCUUUGUGAAAGGACAAUUUAUUGAAUUCCAGGAAUCAACCAUAGGUGCUGCCUUCUUCUCACAAACAUUGGCUGUAAAUGACGCAACUGUAAAAUUUGAGAUUUGGGAUACAGCAGGUCAAGAGAGGUACCAUAGUUUGGCUCCAAUGUAUUAUAGAGGAGCUGCUGCUGCAAUAAUUGUGUAUGAUUUAACAAAUCAAGCCUCAUUUGAGCGAGCAAAAAAAUGGGUACUGGAACUCAAAUCACAAGGCAAUCCAAACAUGGUUAUGGCACUAGCUGGGAAUAAAGCAGAUUUGGUAGAGGCAAGGACUGUAGCAGCAGAGGAUGCACAGGCAUAUGCUCAAGAGAAUGGCCUUUUCUUCUUGGAAACCUCUGCAAAAACUGCAGACAAUGUGAAUGACAUCUUCUAUGAGAUAGCAAAGAGAUUACCUCGAGUGCAGCCUGUGCAGAACCCUGCAGGAAUGGUUCUUAUGGACAGACCUUCUGAAAGGGUAGCAAGCUCAUCCUGUUGCUCAUAGAGGUUCUAUGGUGCCUUCAGCCACUGCGUGCUUGGUUAUUUCCAUAAUAGUUGCAUAACUCACAGUGGAAAUGAUGUAUCGUUUUACGGAGUUUCCCAUGUAUGUGUACAUUUAUUCAGAUUUGUAUAUGCAUGUUUGUUUAGAUACUUUCACAAAGUGUGAGAAGCGUAUGGGGAUUUUUUUUUCAUGUAAUGAAAUGGUUUGGCAUGCUAACUCUGAUUUGCAAA